AAAUGAGAAAACUGGGGCUGGGGGUGUUAAUUUGCCCAACCCCUUGGUUUCUAUGAGCGAGUUCUCUUGACUUUCAUUCUCUGCUUGUGGGUGGAGGGCCCUUCCCUCCCUGUUGAGCCGGCCUCUGGAUAAGGAUCCCCUGACACACAGCUUCAGGAAGCCCCUCCCUACAGUUUCUUAUCCUCUGUGGGAAGUUCAUCCCCCUGUCUUACUUCCAUUCUGUGAGGUGGGUUAAAGCUCAUUUUGAAGAAUGGCCCCAGAAAAAGACCCUGAGAGGGAGCUGAGUCUGCUAAGCUCCUUUUGGGGGUUCUUACAGGACCCCUCCCCCUCACACUACAGACUUCCUCUCUGUGACAGAUUCAGGAUGGUUCCCUGUUCCUGCACCCUUAAACCUCUUGCUAACCCCCUUUUUCCCAAAGAGGAGCCCCACCUCCUCAGACCAAGAGGCUGGCCUGUGCUAUUUCUGUCCUUUCUGGGCUUCUUCUGAGAACAGAUUCUUGUUUCCCAUCUGAUUCAGAUGUGAAACUUUUCCCGCAGCCUCCCCUCUCACCCAGUUCCGGUAGGCUGGGUCUCUGCCUCCCCACUCUCUUCUUCCUGCAGCCAGGCCCCUCCCCAAAGUUCUCUCUGGUCAGUCGCUUAGUUCUACUGGGAUCUGGAGGAGGAAGGCAGGGGCCAAAGAGGAAGUUAUCCCCGCUUAGGGGCCCUGGGGCUCCCGGGGUCAAGAUUUUGAUGCUGUGAAGCAGGAAACUUUGAUUCCCAUGGCAAACCCUGUUCCUGUUCAGAGGAGCCACCUUCAGGGCCCCAUCCUCAGGCUGCGCUACAUGGUGAAGCAGUUGGAGAAUGGGGAGGUAAACAUCGAGGAGCUGAAGAAAAAUCUGGAGUACACAGCUUCUCUGCUGGAAGCCGUCUACAUAGAUGAGACACGGCAAAUCUUGGACACGGAGGACGAGCUGCAGGAGCUGCGGUCAGAUGCCGUGCCUUCGGAGGUGCGGGACUGGCUGGCCUCCACCUUCACCCAGCAGGCCCGGGCCAAAGGCCGCCGAGCAGAGGAGAAGCCCAAGUUCCGAAGCAUUGUGCACGCUGUGCAGGCUGGGAUCUUCGUGGAACGGAUGUUCCGGAGAACAUACACCUCUGUGGGCCCCACUUAUUCUACUGCGGUCCUCAACUGUUUCAAGAACCUGGAUCUCUGGUGCUUUGAUGUCUUUUCCUUGAACCGGGCAGCAGAUGACCAUGCCCUGAGGACCAUUGUUUUUGAAUUGCUGACUCGGCAUAACCUCAUCAGCCGCUUCAAGAUUCCCACUGUGUUUUUGAUGAGUUUCCUGGAUGCCUUGGAGACAGGCUAUGGGAAGUACAAGAAUCCUUACCACAACCAGAUCCAUGCAGCUGAUGUUACCCAGACAGUCCAUUGCUUCUUGCUCCGCACAGGGAUGGUGCACUGCUUGUCAGAGAUUGAGGUCCUGGCCAUCGUCUUUGCUGCAGCUAUCCAUGAUUAUGAGCACACGGGCACUACCAACAGCUUCCACAUCCAGACCAAGUCAGAAUGUGCCAUCCUGUACAAUGAUCGUUCAGUGCUGGAGAAUCACCACAUCAGCUCUGUCUUCCGACUGAUGCAGGAUGAUGAGCUGAACAUUUUCAUCAACCUCACCAAGGAUGAGUUUGUAGAGCUCCGAGCCCUGGUCAUCGAGAUGGUGUUGGCCACAGACAUGUCCUGCCAUUUCCAGCAAGUGAAGACCAUGAAGACAGCCUUGCAACAGCUGGAGAGGAUUGACAAGCCCAAGGCCCUAUCGCUACUGCUCCAUGCUGCUGACAUCAGCCACCCAACCAAGCAGUGGUCGGUCCACAGCCGCUGGACCAAGGCCCUCAUGGAGGAAUUCUUCCGCCAGGGUGACAAGGAGGCAGAGUUGGGCCUGCCCUUUUCUCCUCUCUGUGACCGCACUUCCACGCUGGUGGCACAGUCUCAGAUAGGGUUCAUCGACUUCAUUGUGGAGCCCACAUUCUCUGUGCUGACUGAUGUGGCAGAGAAGAGUGUUCAGCCCCUGGCGGAUGAGGACUCCAAGUCUAAAAACCAGCCCAGCUUUCAGUGGCGCCAGCCCUCUCUGGAUGUGGAAGUGGGAGACCCCAACCCUGAUGUGGUCAGCUUUCGUUCCACCUGGAUCAAGCACAUUCAGGAGAACAAGCAGAAAUGGAAGGAACGGGCAGCAAGUGGCAUCACCAACCAGAUGUCCAUUGACGAGUUGUCCCCCUGUGACGAAGAGGCACCCCCAUCCCCUGCUGAAGAUGAACACAAUCAAAAUGGGAAUCUGGACUAGCCCUGGGGCUGGCCCAGGUCUUCAUUGAGUCCAAAGUGUUUGAUGUCAUCAGCACCAUCCAUCAGGACUGGCUCCCCCAUCUGCUCCAAGGGAGCGUGGUUGUGGAAGAAACAACCCACCCGAAGGCCAAAUGCCAGAGAUUUGGGGUUGGGGAAAGGGCCCCUCCCCACCUGACACCCAUUGGGGCGCACUUUAAUGUCCCGGCAGCAAGAAUGGGGAACUUCAGGCUCCCAAUGGUCACUGUGCCCAUCCCUUAGCCUCUGGAUUCUCUUAAUGGCCAGGUGGCUGCCAGGGAGCGGGGAGCUUUCUGGAGGCUUCCCAGGGCCUUGGGGGAGGGUCAGAGAAGCCAGCCCCCUGGGACCUCCCCCAUCCUUUUUGCCUCCAAGUUUCUAAGCAAUACAUUUUGGGGGUUCCCUCAGCCCCCCACCCCAGAUCUUAGCUGGCAGGUCUGGGUCCCCCUUUUCCUCCCCUGGGAAGGGCUGGAAUAGGAUAGAAAUCUGGGGGUUUUCAGAGCCCUAUGUGUGGGAAGGGGAGUGGGUUCCUUCAGGGCAUGGUACCUUUCUAGGACCUGGGAAUGGGGUGGGUAGGACAUCCUCUUCACCCCAGAAUUGCACUGCUUCAGCCCCAUCUCCAGCCUGAUCCUCUGCAAUCUUCCUUCUCUCCUUUUCUGAUACAGUGACUGGGAAAAAAGGAGCCAUUGUGACCAGGGGCUGCGGGAGGCCUGCCCUGGGACCUUCCUUGGGACUGGUCUGGGACCCUGGGGCUUGUCACCUGCCCUGGCUGAGUCCUGAGCCCUUUGCCUCCUUCCUCUCGCCUGGGGCUGGGAGGCUCCCAUCCGACUAAUGUCUGUAAUGUGCUUUGAGAUCUCCCCAGCAAAGCACCUUCAGGAUGUAUCGACACCAGCUGGGUUAGGGUCAAGGGUGCCUGGGGAGGGUGAGGUAUAAUCCAGUAAUCCUGCGUUGCUAAAAGAGAGGGUCUGUCCCCUCCUUUCCACUUCCCAGAACUGGCCCAGCUGCAGGCACUAAGAAGCUCCUCCCCUGAGACAAGUGAGGGGUGGUGGGUGAAAGGCAGAUGGAGGAGGGGCUCAGGGCUGCUGCCUUCCUGUCCUCUGGAGAGAACCCAGCCAGGCGCGGUGCCCCUUCCUCUCCUCAGGCUCCUCCUUGCCCCCACCUUGCCCCGGGAAAGGCCAAAGUCCAGGUGACUGCCCUCCUUCUUUCCUGUAAAUACCAACCAUGCAUUUGUACAGUGGGCCCUGUUCAUGCAAAAUCCAUAUCCAUGGUCUCCUAGACCUGCUACCCUGAUACUUCCACCCUACCCCACCCCGAGUAGGGCAGAGAUGCAUGUGACUCACCCCUGCCCUUGGUCUCCCAGACCCCUGCUAUAGCCAGAGAACAAUAAAGAAGGGAGACCAGGCC